AGUUCCAAACCAAACCAACGAAUCCUUCCUUCUGCUACCUGCCUACGUGAUCAGCAGUCAACAAUCGACCCAGCUUCCAGCGCUCGAUCGAUCAGCAGCCAUGGUUGCCACCGCCAUGCAGGCCCUCUUCGACCAGCCCGAGCUCUCCCUCUCCCUCUCCCUGGUCCCCGCCGCCGCGCCGGCGCUCAACAAGGACGACUACCUCGCCAUCUGCCUCGCCGCGCUCGCCAAAAGCGGGCAGCAGGCGCAGAUGAUGGAGGGGCAAGCGAGAGCGUGGCGCCCGGCCCCCGCGCCGGCGCAGGAGCUGCGGUUCAGCUGCGCGGUCUGCGGGAAGGCGUUCGCGUCGUACCAGGCGCUCGGCGGGCACAAGUCCAGCCACCGCAAGCCGCCGCCCACCGGAGAGCGGUGCGUCGUUGCGCAGGCGUCCGCGGGUGCUGGGUCGGAGGCGAGCGCGGCGGCGUCCUCGGGCGGGAGCAGCGGCGGGCCGCACCAGUGCACCGUCUGCGGGCGGGGCUUCGCGACCGGGCAGGCGCUCGGAGGGCACAAGCGGUGCCACUACUGGGACGGCACCUCCGUGUCCAUGUCCGUGUCCGUCUCCGUGUCGGCGUCGUCGUCCGCCGUGCUGAGGAACUUCGACCUGAACCUGCUGCCGAUGCCGGAGAACGCCGGGUUGAAGAGGUGGGCCGAGGAGGAGGAGGUGCAGAGCCCUCUCCCCGCCAAGAAGCUGAGGCUUUUGCUGUAAAUAAAAAAAGAGAGAUGGCCAAUGCUCAACCGUCCCUUGAUUGAUUUGUUCCAUUUGUUGAAUUCGAUUAGGUAUCACCAUGAUUUGUUGAUUUGUUGCAUUUACAAGGACACAAAGAAAUGAAAAGUAUGGGCUUAAUU